UCCAAACGUCAUGGCGUCGAAGCACAGUGUGCUAGGGCUGAAGUGUAAGAAACGUUUUUUUGAUAGGCUACAAGUGGCCUAAUUUUCUUGAAGUGUCCCAUAAUAGCGGAAUUCCCAUACUGACUACAUUUAGCUGUCAGUCAACACAGAAGAAUCAGGUAAUUCCGGAUCGACCAUGGCUGCGUACGUGAGUCUGAACAGCCUGACACAUACUUCUCGGGUCUGCAUUCAGAAGUGGUGAUGCGACAUGGACUGGAUGUCAGCUUUACCCGAGGAGUUGUGGAACAUUCCUCUGACAAACCUGGCCAUACCCGGGAGCCAUGAUGCCAUGAGUUACUGUCUGGACAUAAACUCCCCAUUGGUCCCAUCUGAGUCUGAGUUUUUUAGGCUCUUGGAUGGACUUUUCCACUGCUUUACCAGACCUGUCAUUUUUAGAUGGACUACAACGCAGGACAAAAGCAUCGAGGAGCAACUUUCGAUGGGGAUUCGGUUCUUCGAUCUACGCAUUGCGCACAAACCCAACGACUCGUCCAGCGACUUGUACUUCACACACAUCAUCUACACACAUUUAAUAGUCUUGGAAACACUGUCGUCUGUUGCCACCUGGCUGGACUCUCACCCAAAGGAGAUAGUUAUUCUUGCUUGCUGCAAUUUUGAGGGAAUUGACGACAAUCUCCACAAAGCAUUCAUUUUCUCCCUGAAGAAGCUUUUCGGCUCAAAACUCUGCCCCCAGAAUGAAUCAGUCCUGACCUUGCGGAGUCUGUGGGCAUCUGGUUACCAGGUUAUCCUGUCCUAUGACUCCAAUAUUGCAGUGGGGCAUCAGGAGCUGUGGCCUGCCAUCCCCUACUGGUGGGCCAACAAGCGCACAGCACAAGAAGUUAUCAGCUACCUGGACUGGAACAAAGACCUGGGACGUCCAGAGGGCUUCUUCGUCUCUGGCCUGAACCUGACGGCUGACCGGUGUUACAUCACGGUGAACCUGAAGCAAUCCCUGCGGACGCUGACCUUCAGUAACUGGGAGUGUUUGAGGAAGUGGCUGGAGAAGCAGCGACCCGGGUCGGACCCCAAGAGCCUCAACAUCAUUGCUGGAGACUUUGUGGGUCCACUCCCGCUGUGCUCUGUGGUCAUCGCACUGAACCAAAAACUUCUAAGAAGAACGCCGUCAGAUAAAAAAUCCACUUAGCUGUGAUUUCAUUCCACGGGAACUGAUCCCAGAAUAGCCACUGUAUACCUCAUUUUCUCUUGUCUAUACGUCAAUUUAUAACUAAAAGAAAUGUUUCUGUACUUAACUGUACAACAAUCUUUGUUUUGAAUCUACACUUUAUAUAUGUUUACAAGAACGUACAUCAUUCUUAUGUGUGUUCAAUAUAUUAUACUGUACAAUAAAUACACUGUUUGUAGUACAGUUUGCCGUCUGCA